UUAUGCAUGCUUGCUUCAGUUAAGUUAGUCAUUUUCAAUGACAGUCAACGAAGAGAGAUCGCAGCUUCGUCGCUGCUGACCAAACACGACUAUAAUCAUGAACUCCAGUAUAAGCAACUCUCAGACGGACAUUACGGAAUAUCAGAAUGGUCACAAGGAUGUUGACCCAAGCAGUAUUGAAGACGAGCCCCUCCUCAGAGAGAACCCCAAACGAUUUGUCAUUUUCCCUAUUCAAUAUCCAGACAUCUGGAAAAUGUACAAACAAGCUCAAGCUUCAUUCUGGACAGUCGAGGAGGUGGACUUAUCAAAGGACUUGGUUCACUGGGACAGCCUGAAGUCUGAAGAGAAACACUUCAUAUCCCAUAUACUGGCUUUCUUUGCAGCAAGUGAUGGGAUAGUCAAUGAGAACCUGGUGCAUAGGUUCAGUCAAGAGGUGCAGCUCCCGGAGGCUCGAUCCUUCUACGGCUUUCAGAUCCUCAUCGAGAAUGUGCACUCCGAAAUGUACAGCAUGCUCAUCAACACCUACAUCAGGGAUCUGAAAGAGAGGGACUAUUUGUUUAAUGCAAUUCAGACCAUGCCUCUUGUAAGGCGGAAAGCAGACUGGGCCUUACAAUGGAUCUCUGACACAAACUCAACUUUUGGAGAGCGACUAGUAGCUUUUGCUGCGGUUGAAGGCAUCUUCUUCUCUGGAUCGUUUGCUGCCAUCUACUGGUUGAAGAAAAGAGGCCUCAUGCCCGGACUCACCUACUCCAAUGAACUCAUCAGCAGAGAUGAGGGUCUGCACUGUAAUUUCGCCUGUCUAAUGUACAGCUACUUGGUGAAAAAACCUUCUGCUGACAGAGUGAAUGAUAUCAUCAAAAAAGCUGUGAGCAUUGAACAGGAGUUUCUCACAGAAGCCUUACCGGUCGAUUUGAUUGGGAUGAACUGCUCUCUCAUGAAGCAGUACAUUGAGUUUGUGGCUGACCGAUUGCUAACAGACUUAGGAUUGCCCAAAGUUUACCGUUCAGAAAACCCCUUCGACUUUAUGGAGUCAAUCUCAUUGGAGGGAAAAACGAAUUUCUUCGAGAAGCGAGUUGGCGAAUACCAGCGACUUGGAGUGAUGUCAAACAUGAUGGACAGUGAAUUCACUCUUGAUGCUGAUUUCUAAUGAUGAACUUGAAGAAAUUGUAUUUAUUUAUUGGACAGUAUUUUAUUACUUCCUACUGAAAAAAAGUCGUCAAUUUACUUUUAUUUUUAAAUUUUUUUUAAGUCAAAGCUGAAAAUGAAAAAUGAAUAGCGAACUUGUUUUAUUUAGGGUUUUUUUCACAUGGGACUCCAAGGUACACAGACAAGCAGAAAACAAAUUAUGGGUUCUCAAGCAGAAACAAAAACAAAUAUUUUUGUGGUGUAAAUGUUUUAGAAUUUCAAAAUGUUUUAGAUUAAACAUAAAGAUUGAAACUUGUGUAACAUGGAAGAUGAUAACCCAUGACACAUUAACAUUAACAAUUACAUUAACAAGGGCUAAAAAAUUACAUUGGGUUGACAAUGUCAAGUGUCAAAAUCCAAUAUAAGCCAUUUCAGAGAGAAAACCUUGAAAUGUUGAGGUUUAUAUUACAAUAAAAGUUUGUCAAAUUA